UCAACUCUAAAUCUGCUCAUCCAUCCUUAAUCGAAAUGACCAAAAUCAUCGCCAUCGUCGGAGCCCUUGCCACUCUUGCACUGGCAGCUCCAUCUCCUGCAGGCGACGUCGUUCCUCGCGCCUGCACCACUAUCCUCCCCUCCUCUAUCGAUGUCCUUGAUAGUGCCCACCCGAACACCGCCAACGUCGGCCAGCGAUUCACCCUCCGACGCUCUGGCUCCCCAGGCUCCUCAGUGACCAACAAGAAGAUAUCUGCAUUCACCUUUACCGACAUCCCCGCCGGGGCCACCGGCUGCACCCUCCAGGUCAACGUACCGCCGUUGACCACGGCCAAUCAGAUAGCCUGGGGCUCCAACCAGGCCGAGUUCUGGACGACCAACGCCUGGACCGCCGCGAACGCACCGACUUGGAGCAACCCGCCGACCCGCGGCCAGAUGGUCUCCACCUUCCAGUUCCCAACGGGGGUGACCACCACCUCGACCCAGCAGAACCUAGCCUCGAACACCUGCUCUAAUACGAUGAGCUUCUUGGCGCUGCUCAGCGAUUGGCAGGGGGCUGAGGGACAGGUGGAUUUCACGCAGGGCGCGGAUCUAGGGUUCAAGUUGAUCUAUAACUGCUGAUCUACCUCUUUUCAAGAGUAGUCUGGAGUCAGUCUGUGAUGGGUAUGAUGGGAGGAUGAUCAGGCUGGAUAGUAAUGUCAUGGGGGGCUUUGGGGUUGUUGUGUCCGUUGAGUUAGUCAUUGGGAUGGGGGAAUAUAAUCAAUCAAGAAGAAUAUUGAGCUGCGCAACUAAGUCAUCCUUAGAGUAUAGACUGUUGAAUUUCUGCUUUAACUGACAUGUCCAAGAGACCAGGUUUGGGAAAGGCAGAAGUCGUCUAGAAACGCUUGUGGGGGUCUAGGUUGUAAAUGUGAAUAUAGUUUCGUGUACAGAACAACAUGCGAACUUGAGUAAGAUGAUGCAUUGCAUAGUUUGAAGAAGUGUGAUUCCCAAUUCAGAGCAAU